GAUGAGUUCCACCCUUUCAUCGAAGCGCUUCUGCCCCACGUCCGAGCCUUCGCCUACACGUGGUUCAACCUGCAGGCCCGGAAACGAAAGUACUUCAAAAAACACGAGAAACGCAUGUCCAAGGAGGAGGAGAGGGCCGUGAAGGACGAGCUGCUGAGCGAGAAGCCGGAGGUCAAGCAGAAGUGGGCGUCCCGGCUGCUGGCGAAGCUGCGCAAGGACAUCCGGCCCGAGUACCGGGAGGAUUUCGUGCUCACGGUCACAGGGAAGAAGCCGCCCUGCUGCGUGCUUUCCAACCCGGACCAGAAGGGCAAGAUGCGGAGGAUUGACUGCCUGCGCCAGGCGGACAAGGUCUGGAGGUUGGACCUGGUGAUGGUGAUCUUGUUUAAGGGCAUCCCGCUGGAAAGUACUGAUGGGGAGCGUCUCGUGAAGUCUCCGCAGUGCUCCAACCCUGGGCUGUGCGUGCAGCCCCACCACAUAGGGGUGUCCGUCAAGGAGCUCGACCUGUACCUGGCCUACUUCGUGCACGCGGCAGAUUCAAGUCAAUCUGAAAGUCCCAGCCAGCCAAGUGACGCUGACAUUAAGGACCAGCCAGAAAAUGGACAUCUGGGCUUCCAGGACAGCUUCGUCACGUCAGGAGUCUUUAGUGUGACUGAGCUUGUACGAGUGUCACAGACACCCAUAGCUGCAGGAACUGGCCCCAACUUUUCUCUGUCAGAUUUGGAAAGUUCUUCAUACUACAGCAUGAGCCCAGGAGCCAUGAGGAGGUCGCUACCCAGCACGUCCUCUACGAGCUCCACAAAGCGCCUCAAGUCUGUGGAGGAUGAGAUGGACAGUCCCAGUGAGGAGCCGUUCUACACGGGCCAGGGCCGCUCCCCGGGCAGUGGCAGCCAGUCCAGCGGGUGGCAUGAGGUUGAGCCAGGAAUGCCAUCUCCAACCGCACUGAAGAAGUCAGAGAAGUCAGGGUUCAGCAGCCCCUCGCCCUCGCAGACCUCCUCGCUGGGGACGGCGUUCACGCAGCACCACCGGCCGGUCAUCACGGGCCCCCGAGCAAGCCCGCAUGCCACGCCGUCCACGCUGCACUUCCCAACGUCCCCCAUCAUCCAGCAGCCUGGGCCUUACUUCUCCCACCCGGCCAUCCGCUACCACCCUCAGGAGACGCUGAAAGAGUUCGUCCAACUUGUCUGCCCUGAUGCUGGUCAGCAGGCUGGACAGGUGGGGUUCCUCAAUCCCAAUGGGAGCAGCCAAGGCAAGGUGCACAACCCCUUCCUCCCCACCCCGAUGUUGCCACCACCGCCGCCUCCACCCAUGGCCAGGCCUGUGCCUCUGCCAGUGCCAGACACGAAGCCUCCAGCCACGUCCACGGAAGGGGGCGCGGCCUCCCCCACCUCCCCAACCUACUCGACACCCAGCACCUCCCCCGCAAACCGAUUCGUCAGUGUUGGACCACGGGAUCCAAGCUUUGUAAAUAUCCCUCAACAGACACAGUCUUGGUACCUGGGAUAAAAGUCACAGCGUCCCACCACCCACCAGACAGACCACCUGACCCCUUCUCAACUCUGUAACAUGGACGCAACCUCAGCCCCGCGUGGUUACAACUUCACUGUCAGCGGAAGGGGAGAAAACACCGAUUCAGAUCCACCUGUAUAUGGAAACAGCAAGCAUUAUGGUCAAACAGCAAAGGCCAUAACCUUUUGGGAUUUUUUUUUAAAUACUUUAGGGACUGUUGUAAUUUCUCAUAUGGUGCUGGAAAUGGCUGGGCUUUGUAGCAUGUGAAGUGUUCGCGGGGCGUGAGCUUAGGAGCUGUGGCUGGCAGAGCACGAGCCUUGCUCACUACUUCCUGUUGCAACACCCUUCCCUCUCAGAGCCCGCUGUUUCACAGUAUUUCAUGAAUGACCCACGCGGUGUGGCCUCCCUGAGCAGGCGGGAGGCACACGGAGAACUAAAUCUUUCGUAGUAGCUGAGAUCUGCAAUCUAUACUUACGGGACAGUCAAAGGGCGAUGUUUCUGUAACAUAUUGGAAAAAGAGAAUGCAGUUAUGUUCUUUUUCUAUUUUUCUUUCAGUUUGGUUUGGUUCAGCCGUCAGCAGUUAAGCCCAUACCAUGGCCCGCAAGGACAGUGAACCCGCUCACGUUGCAGAACAAUUCCGAAAAUGGCAAACUACUACUACUAUUCAGUUUUUAAAAAGUCUUGAAAUGCUGCACUUACAUUUAAAAAAAGAACAACAUUUUUUUCAACAAUUUCAACAAUGACACAAAAAUUCACACGGAAAUGGGGAAGAUGGUCUGUUUUGAUAGAAACUGACAGGAAACGAUCAAAACAAUCGAAUUUUGAAUUGAGUGAAGUGCAAUUUCAUUGGAUAGCUAAAUAUCUUUGUAAGAUAGAGAUUGUUGAAAAUUCUAUUUUUGUUUUUCAAGUCCUUCCACCCCAGGACUCUAAAUUAUUGGGGUAAAAAACAGCCUUGCAAGAAAAAGGGGAGCUAUUUUUGCUUUUUAUGUUUUUUAUUGUUAAACUUGUAUCCCUUUAAAAACUGAAGGAAAAUUUAAAAAAAAAACAAAAAACAAAUCUAAUGGUGCUUUUACCACAAUAUGUUAACUACAUUAAAUGCUAAUUAAUUAUUUUCUGUUAUCAAAGCACAUAACUAAAAUGAAAUCAUGGUAUCUGUUAAUUUUAUAAGCUAGACGUCACUAUCAUGCAUUAUACCAAUUCUGAAAAAUUUUUACAUGUAUCUGGCAACAUAGGAUUUAUCAGUUAUCAGACACCUCAUUCUACCAGAGAUUGUCCAGAAUUUUAAAGGCCUUUGCGUCCCUGAACUGGGCUAUGGGAAAAUGAUGAUGUUGAUGAUGAUGAUGAUGAUGAUGAUGAAACCAAUACUGACACAAAUGGUGGUGCCCACUCAGAUCAAGGGUACUCAUUAGGAAAUAACAAAAAAAAAGUUUGCACCCCCAAAUGUCCUGUAUCUUACGUAAAACAAAAAAACAAAAAACAACAAAAAAAAAAAAGAACAGAAACAAAAAAAUGCAAGUAAUUUUUCUACCAGACAGCGAAGCUUCCCUUUGCUUCUCGUGCAGCCUGGAGGUUUCCUGUGCUAUACAUAUAUACGCAUCCUGGCGGCGGCCGCGCCGGCCGAGGGAGUCUGCAUGUUCUAGUGUUAGUGACUAAUUUUCAUAUAGUUAACGUAGGCUAAAGUAGAGUGCGUUAAGACACACUAUUGUAACCCUCCUCUAGGCACUUGCCUUUAAACUAUGUUUUCCAGCCCUUCAGAAGGGUCCUACUACUGUCCUAUACAAUCAAGUAACUGAAAUUCUUGGGAAGUCACUUUGCUCCUCAUCUUUCCCCCAAAAAACAAUGUUGUUUUGUUUUGUUUUGUUUUUCCUUAAUUUGCACGAAAACAAAAAUUCCAUAUCAAUGUGCCUUGCCCUGGAUAGCAAUUAUUUGUGGAAUUGUUGCACAUGCUCCUCUAUUGAAGGGGUUUCCCUCGUCAAGCAUUUGGAGACACUUUUUGUAAAUGUGACUGUUGUGUCGGCCCCCGUCGGUUUCACCAUCUAGAACUGAGUAGACAGUUAGUUGUCCGCAGGUAGGAGUAGUCUUUAUUGUCUGGUGUGGUCAGUGGCCGUGCUAUUCUGAGAUCUGUAGCGGCUUAGAAUAUCAGUGUUUUGGAUGUUGCUGCGUUUUACAAUUUAUUUGGAGUCUUCCUUUAUUUCCCCCCCCCCAGAUGUAUGAAAAUAUGCAAUACCUGCUUAUAUCAUGUAGAGAAGCUUAGCAAUGAUUAAUUUUUCUUUUUUUUUUUAAUUUGACCAAAGUCAGUGCUGCACUUGACGCAGUGUGUUUAGGUGUUCGUCUUUGUGCUUUUCUGUGAUUUUUGAAUGCACGUGCGCAGGAAGGGCUCCUCUUAGAGAGCAGUCAGACUGUGAAGCACUAAGCUGACCCUGCUUCAAGCAAUUUUGUUUUUACAACUGUUCUUUUCACAAGCAAGCCUUAAAAAAGACAACUCCUUUUUCUUCAGCUCCCACGCCCCAUUUUUCUUAGCAGACUGCAGUCAAUCCACAUUCAAUAAAAAGUAUAUAAUGCCCAUUUUUAUAUGCACGUUUUUAAACUUCCAAGUUCUGAAAAUUGUUUACUGGUAUCUCUAUUUAAGGAAAAAUAAUAAAAUAAAACAUUUUGGAUUUUCCUACGUGUCUGGUAAGUGGUUGAAUAGUCGUUUGGCGCUGUUGUACGGCGUGAUUGUCAGCGUACGUGUCACUUCCUGUAGCCAGCAGACUUUGCCUUCCCCAUAGCACCUAGCUGGGCAUUACUUUAUGAUGACAUAUGUGCACUAAAAAGAAAAAAAAAGAAAAAAAGGAAAGAAAAAAAAGAAAAAAUAGCAGCUUUCAGUGCUUCACAGUGAAGGGAAAAAAGCCUAGACAAACAUUUUGUCAGAACCUUGCGAUAGGCCAAGGUCUUACCAGGAAAUUGGUUGUAUAUACAAUAAAAUUGCACCCUUUUUUAAACAAAACAAACUAAGCAAUAGCUUGGGCAGUUUUAGUUGUUUUUAGUGAGCAUGUUGUAGUCAUGACUGCAAAGAGAGGAUAAACUGCCCACUGAGAAGAUAUGUAAUUUGUAUUGUUGUAUAGUUUUAUUGAUUACACUGAUUUAUUCUACCCUAUUUUAUAAUGCAGGACUUUUGUAAUGUUGUUUAAAUGAGGAAACAUUUCUGUCAAAUUAGCCUAGUGAAAUUUCUGAUUGUUCAUUAUAAAGGCAGCAUUCAUAGAAUUGCUUUUCUUUUUUUUUUUUUUUUCUCCCCUGUGGGAACUGGACUUAAGUUUAAAACUUUCCUGUUUCCUUUUUUUUUUUUUUUUGUAAGUAUUUAAAUACAGUUAUUUUUUUCUCUCAAUGGUAUAGCAUAUGCCUAUGCUUGAGAAGUGUAGGUCUACUGAGAAACCAUUGUAAAUGGACGUUACAGGUAUGCUGUAUUUUUGAAGGUAUUUUGUUGUAUUAAGUUUGAUGAAGCUAAAAUUAGGGAACUCUGAACAGAUUUGCAGGAAAAUAUGUUUUAAAGGCUUUAAAACAAGAGAGCGGCAGUCGAGGGUGAUGAUGGACAGGGGUUAAGUAUUAAACACACUAAGUUACCUUUUUGUUCGCCUUGUAUCAUCCAGAAAGCAGCAGGAAACUAGUUCGGUAGUGAUCAGUGGGAAAAAAGCAACACCAGUCCCUGGGCGUUUGGCUUUCUAGGCUAAGAGCCAAGCAGAGACACUGGAGGAAGACUUUGCUCCCGGGUGUAGACAGACAGGCCAGUGCGGUCCGCAUGUGGAGGCCCAGCCCCUGCUGCUGGGACCCUGGGGCCCUGGGACCCUCUCUCUCCCAUCAGACGGCAUUAAGGUUGGCAGAGGGUCCCUUGCAGGGCUCUCCGAGUUUUUCCUUUGGCAACUGAAGUCAUGAGGCACAAACACUAGCUCUUCCCCUCUCGGCCCUGUGCAGGCUGAGAACGGCCCUCCCACGCUCCCUCCUGCCCCACGCCGCCCGCCCUGGGCCUCCUUGCCCCCGAGGUUUCCAUUUCUUUGCCUCUUGGUGCAACACCUAUUUAUGUCUUCUCUGCCCACUGCGGCUCCAUCCAGCAGGCUCCACGCAGCCCACGAGCACGAGGCCACGCGUGUCCCAAAGCCUGCGCUCCCUUUCUCCCUCCUCCGUGGAACGCGAAGGACCCAAAUGUGCAGCACAGAGCUCGGCCAGCCCACAGGAGGUGCCCCCCCACCCUCGCGCCCCUCAAACCCUGGCCCCUUGUGCUUGGCUCCAGUGGUGACCGGGCCAGAAAGUGUUCAUGAAACCUGCGUGAAACACGUCCCCGGGGCUGCCUGCGGGGGCUCAAAGGCUGCCGUUCGGUGUACUCCGCGCUUGUUCCCGAGGCUCCCUCCCGGACCCCAGGGGUGGCGCCCUCUCCGCUCCCGCGUGUUUGUCUCCGUCUCCUUCUGGUUGUUGUCUUUUGUUCCUUUCUUCCUGGUUGUUGGUGCAGGCCUCCAUAGAACAGUCAGACACAGCGGACAGGGGUGUGGGCCCAGCUUUGGGGCGCCUCCCACCACCUCCAGGCCUGGCCUCACUGGGGCAGCCACCCAGGUCCCGAGGCCGCCUGUCAUGAAACACGUAUAAAUCUCGGUCUGACCACACACCCGCCCUGCCCUCCCCAGUCCGAGGCUACGCGCCCGUCUCAUUAGCGUCGUGGAUGUUUCCCUUCUCUUUUUCCCAAUAAGAAAUGCAGUGGGAUGAAAAUUGCUUUGAUAUAUAGCAGGUACCAUUGAAGCUAUUCCAUAGCACUUAACUGUAGUGAAUACUGUGUCACCAAUUCUGAAUCAAUCUAAUGUUUAAUGCAAACCCAUUACAUGGUGCUAUUACAGGCUGACAAAAUGAUUUACACAAAUGUGACAACUUGGGCUCAAUUCACUUUGCUUUCCAACAGUGUAAAUGCAUAGCAGUGUUUAUCUGCAUGAGAACUAUGCACUAAUCUAUCUGAAGAAAACUAUAUCGACUUUGGUAUCUACUUUCCGUUUACUUCAAUCCUUGCCUUUUUGGUCAUUGUUAUAAUGCCAGCUUUAGGACAGAAAGAAUUAUAAGAAAACCAGCAUAAUACCUGAUAUAUUAAAAUGUAGUGCCUGUGAAAUCUGUAUUAUAUUGCUCUUCUGAAGUAAGAUUUUUCUACACCGGUAGCCUUCGCUGUCUGUCGGUCAGGACCUCUGGUAUAGGUGAUGUAAAAUAACCGUACAAUAUUAAUGCAUGCUCUCCAUAUGCUUAGUGAACUGUAUGAAUAUUACUCAGAAUUAUGUUAGUCUUCUUUUCUGACUUGGUUCUUGUCAGCUAGGUUUAAAGGUAUUUCACUGAGAAUGAGAAUUCUGUCUCUUGAUUUCUGGUGUUUUCAGUAUUUUGGAGGUAUACAUUUACUUAAAUUCAGUAUUACUUGUGUUUUGUUUUUGGUUUUUUGUUUUGUUUUGUUUUCUUUUUCCUAGGGGGCAAGCAUGGGUGUUUGAUUCCAGAAAUCAGUACCUGAUGAGAUUUUUGUCUCAAAACUACAUUGGACUUCCACAAACUCUGCCACAAAGCCACUCUGAGGACAUUCCCAGGCGCGGGAGCCAUGCUGCGCCCAAGAGCCUCCCACAGGACAGCGCCAGCCAGGUACCAUGCUUGACCCUCACACCAGACGCCUCGUGUUAAGGAAAAGGAAAGAGAGCUCUAAGGAGUCACGUGGCUCUUCAUUUUCAUGCACAAUUGCAAUAUUUCCUUCAAAAGUAAAACUGUACAAACUCUGGGCCCGGUUCAUAAGCAAAAGUUUGUUGUUAACACGGAAUUUUUUAGAUACACUUUUUUUCGGCUAAAUUUGAAACUACUUCGUUGCCACAUUAAAUCGAUUUCUUCUUCUUUUUUAACCCUAAGCCAGCACCCAUUGGCCUUUGAUCCCCCAAAGGGUUGUGUUAAUCAGGUUAGGGGGCCCCAGGCUGGGCGGGGGACAGGGCAACAGCCCACAGGGCAGGGCCUUCUCUGAGGGCCUGGACCCCCAAGUUCACUCACACCCUCAGUGCCGCGUGCUCAGAACACAAACGUCCCAAAGAGUGUGGCCACAGAGCCCUCAUGCAGGUGCUCCAUCCGAGCAGGGCGCUGUCCCGGGGACCCGGGGGCCAGCACUGUGGGCUCUCAGGCCCUGCAGGGUGAGUGCAUCUGUGAGUCAGGGCCUCAUUCCUGCUGUUUUCUGCUCAGUUUCUUAAAAUAAGAAGUGUGACGCCCCCCACCCCCGACAGUUAUCCUGAUUUUUAAGUUGUAUUUUUCUCGGCAAUAAUAGUAAAUCGGUUUUCUCAUCAUCUCAGCAGAAGGCUGCAGGGCCACUGGCCGCAGGGUGGAGUUGUGACAGCCACCCUGCCUCACCCUGGGCUUGCGUCUCUGCCCCGCGAAUGUGUUUGCUCACCUUGCAUGCAUGAGACACCAGCAAACUUGACUAGGAACUCGGUGGGUCCCCGAGGUCCUUAGGGCCCUGGGGCACCUCCCACCGUAGCCUCAACUUCUGCCCAGAACAGAUCACGCGCACAGACGCUGUCCUUGCAGUGCCUCGAUUUCCAUUUCCACUGCGGGAAGCAGGUUGAGCACUUCCAGUGGUGGCAAAAGAACUCCUUUGUGACGCUGAGCAACCCCGUGUUAAUAACUUGGUCUGAAAGUGGUUGUUAUGAGCCGGGCCCCCUGUGCCUCUAGUGUACCGUACUGACUUUCAUAGUUACCCUUUUAGUUUACCGUGUUCUGUGAAAAUUUGUAAUUGGUUGAGAAUCACUGUGGGCAUCCAUUCUUAUUCAACUAAAUCUCCACAGAUUUUUUGAGCUGGUGUGGAUAAGUUUAACUCUUGUAUUCAACCAUUAGUGCUACCACCUUCUCACAUUACAGUACAAUUACUGGAAGCAAGUACUGCAUUUCCUAUGCAACAAAAAGGAAAAAUAAAAAAAUUGCUAAUGCUA